CAAGACUAAUAACCAUCAUUAGGAGAAUGGAUAAGCUAAUUUCAGUAGGUUUAUUGUAUUCAUCUGCUUGGGCUGCCAUAACAAUAAACUACAGAUCUGGUGGCGUAAACAGCAGAAAUUUAUUUUCUCAUAGUUCUAGAGGCUGGGGAGUCCAAGAUCAAGGUUCCAGCUGAUCCAUUUUCUGGUGAGGGCUCUCAAACCUGACAUCUCGAAGGCCUGAGAACCAGGGAGACCAAUGCAGUGAGUCCAAAGGCUCCAGAACCAGGAGUGCCGAUGUCCAAGGGCAGCAGCACAUGGAUGUCCCGCUUAGGCAGAAAGCAAAUUGGUCCUUCCUCUGCCUUUCUGUCCUAUUCAGGCCUUCACUGGAUCAGAUGCCGCCCACUGCAUUGGUGAGGGUGAUCUUUACUCAGUCUGAUUCAAAUGCUAAUCUCUCCCAGAAACACAGACAUGCCCAGAAAUAACGUUUUACCAGCUAUCCGGGCAUCCCUUAGCCCAGUCAAGUUAACACAUGAAAUUAACCAUUCAAACAAGCCAAAGACAGUCUGUGACAUAUUUGAACACCCAAAGCCUGGAACAUAGGAAAUAAAAUUAAUUCUAAUAAAUCAAUACAAAAAAGUACAGACAGCCCGAUACAAAUGGACAAAAGACAUUAACAGGCGUUUCACAAAAGAGGGUAUCCAGCUGGCCAAUACCUGUAUGAAAAGGUGAUCAACCACGUGAGCCAUUAAACUAAAAAUGAGUUCUCACUGCUCAUCCGCCAGAGUGCCGGGAUGGGGGACAGACAGCCUCGCAGUAAUCUGUGUCGCUGAGAAUGUGGAGCAACAGGAACCUCCACGCACUGACGGUAGCAAUAAAUUGGUCCCAUCACUGAGGAAAUCAGUGUGAUGUUAUAUAAUAAAAUGAAACAGACUCGUGCCCCGGAACCCGCAACUCCACUACAAGGUACACACUCGAGAGAGCUCUUGCGUGUGCGCACCUGUACCUGAGCUUGGCAUCCUCUCGAGAACUGGGUCUGAGAAGAGGACCUGCCCCUAGCUAGUCAUUCUGGGAUGCAGUCCUACAGAACCACAGUGGGGGGACUGACUAGAAUGACUGGAACACGGAGGAUGGAAAGCCAUGCUAAGGGUGCGUCACUGGGCUGGUUACCAUUGUGAGUAACCGGGGCUCAAUCCUGUUGGAGACCCUCCGAGAAAUUGUGGAGAGUGGCCUUCGGAAUCAUCCACUUGUGACUUGGGAGUGGGGAGUAUUUAUCUUCUGGCUUUUGGACCCAUUCGCCAAGGGUCGUGGCCAUGGGGGGUUAAUGUUCUGCACUCGUGGGUUUUCACAUUGCUCAGUGGAACCCUACCUAUGUCCCGCGUGGCAGUUGGCACAGAGGCCCUGAGGCAGAAAGCAAGGGACACGCAGAUUGGUGAGGUAACCUGCUGCCGUCUGUACCACCAUUAGUUGGUUACCACAGCAACAACAGGAGAAAACAGGAGCCCAGAGAAGUGAGACAGAACAUAAAAGAUACCAACACAUCAGAACACAAGACUGUUCAUAAAACUUUAUUAUUGGAAACAAGCCAGCUUCCCAUCGAUACGAGAAUGUGUUUAAGGGCUGUGCGUUCAUACAGUCCUCUGCCACACCAUCCUGGCCACGUUCUCGCUGGCUACUGCUGACUCCCCUUUAUUUUAGUGUAUGUGUAGUGAGCAAUUUGAUUCUGCUUUUAGAUGAACUGGAAGCAAUGCCCUCCUGUCACAGCGAAGUGUAGGAUGGUCACGGUCCUUACAGAGCAAGAGGAUGGGCUUUGGCCUCAGACGGACUUGGCACUAAUCUUCAUCAUUCGCUCGGCUUCCUCCGCCAUAAAAUGAUAACCAUCCCUACCUUGUGUCUAUUUCACAGCACAUAACGCUUACUCCGCACCACACACUGUUCUAAGCCUCUCCAAAUAUUAACCCGUUCCAUCCUCCCAUCCCUCACUCCCAUGAAGUAAAUACUGUUCUAUGCGUUUCCUAAUGAAGGGACCGGGCACAGAGAGCUUACGUAACUCGGCAGGGCCACACAGCUGGUGAGUGGAGGAGUGCGCUGAGCCGGGAUUUGAACGCCCCCCUGUCUGGCUGCAGAACCCGUGCCAUCCAGCGGGAAAGAGGCGCAUCCCCGGCCCAGCCGCGCAGAGAGGACUGCGCACCGUGUCUGCCGUGCGUGCGGAGCCCCACCUCCCCACGCGGCGCACGGCUGCGAGGGCGGCCCCGGGGCCCCGCCCCCGGGCGCCUGCGGCGCGGGCAGCGGGUUCUUCUCCCGGUCCGCCGUCGGGGGCCGCUGCCCGCGGUCCCCGGCGCCGGGCGCGCCCCGCAAGAUGUCCGGGCGCCGCGGCCGGCAGCCCGGGCCCCGCCUGUGCUGGCUACUGUGCUGCAGCGCCCUGCUGUCCCCGGCCACGGGCUACGUGAUCGUGAGCUCCGUGUCCUGGGCCGUCACCAACGAGGUGGACGAGGAGCUAGACAGCGCCUCCACCGAGGAGGCGCUGCCCGCGCUGCUGGAAGACUCGGGCAGCAUCUGGCAGCGGAGCUUCCCGGCCUCGGCGCACGAGGAGGAGUCUCACCUGCCGCCCCCGGAGGGCACCGCCCGCGCCAGGCCGCCCCCUGCGCCGCCCGGGAUGUUCUCCUACCGGCGCGAGGGCAGCGCGAGGCUGCGCCCGGGCACCGCCCGCUUCCUGGCCCACGCCAGCGCCUGGGGCUGUCUGGCCACCGUGUCCGCCCACGAGAAGAUCCCAGGACUGCCGUUUGGGAACUGCCUGCCGGUCAGUGACGGCCCCUUCAACAACAGCACGGGGGUUCCUUUCUUCUAUGUGACACCCAAGGACCUCCUGGUGGCUGAUCUGAUGAAGAACCCCACGGCCUCCCUCCUGCUGCCGGAAUCCGAAGGAGAGUUCUGCAGAAAAAAUAUCGUCGACCCAGAAGAUCCCCGCUGUGCCCGGUUAACGCUCACUGGCCAGAUGGUCGCAGUGUCUCCGGAAGAAGUGGAAUUUGCCAAGCAAGCCAUGUUUUCAAGACACCCAGUUAUGAGGAAGUGGCCUCGUCAGUAUGAAUGGUUCUUUAUGAAGAUGAAGAUAGAACAUAUCUGGCUUCAGAAAUGGUAUGGAGGAGUAGCUGACAUUUCCAGGGAGGAAUAUUUCAAAGCAGUUCCAAGAAAGGCCUGAUGGAGUGAGAAGAAGGUCCUUGAUGUUUGCGUAAAAUGAAAACCUUUUGAGCGAUGCUGCCAGACAGCAGUUGACUGCUGUCUCUUUGUGAAAGGGUUCACUGCAGCCCUGUCAGUCUUACAGCAGAGUGAGAGUGGGUCACCAGGGACCCCUGUGCUAGCUGGAGAUUGGAGGCCAUUUGCAAAUGGCCAGAUCAUACAGGGACUUCACAUAGAGAGUCUGUUUACAUGUGUUCAGUCCAGACUCACCUAUGUGGGAUCACUGUUGGUUGUCACGUUGAGACAGUUGCUGUUCCAUUCUUUAAGAUAAAAAACAACAAGAACAACCAAAAACCCUACGCCUGUAUGUACAAUGUGAUUGCUUUGUAUCGUGAGAGUAUGUUUGUUGCUUGUUGUACCCAAAGCAGUAUCCUGGUUCUGAGCUCAUUGCAACCACAGAAGAACUAAAUACGCAUCACACAGCUGCCGUCUGGUGUUUAGGGUGAGGGUGCAGGACUCUUUGUCUGUGGGUUACCAUCCUGCUGCAGAAUGGCAAAUGCAUUAUUGAGCCCCGUUUGCUAGAAUGUACUGGUCACUCGUGAAGCUUUUCUCCCACUGCAACAUGACAAACCAUGUGGGAACCCCCCGAGUUUGGUGCACAGCCCUAUUCUAGGUGAUCGGGCCAUGGUGGUACAUUAAGGGAGGGGCAGCUUCGGCAACAGGCUCCCCAGAUCCCCUCUGCUAGUGCUGGGAUAGAGGGUCCCCUUCUCUUAGGCUUGGGGAGUGGUACUCAGUCUGUGGUAGAGAGAGAGGAGGGGGACAGGGAGAGGCUGGAAAGGAAGCAAAGGCAACGACGUAUAAGAAAAGGAAGGAAAGAAGUAAGUAACUGGAGGUACGCUCCCUACGCAGCCAUGGGCCAGGCCCUUGACGGGGUCAUCUCACUGAAGCCUUACAGCCAAUGAGAUGAAUCAUCAUUGCCACUUACAGACAAGAACACUGAGGCUCAGAGAGGCUAAGUCAACAUCCCAGGGUCUGAUUCCACCACUCACUGCACGCAAUGGAGAGAGUGGUACCUAGACAAUUUCCAAUUCUAAGAACAAGACAAAAGAGUUACUGGUAGUCAUUGAAUCAGUAAAAUCAGUAAAACGAUGACUAACCUGCCUGUAGAUUGGCCACUGUUUUCUACCAAAAAAGAAAACAAGUCUCUGAAAUUUGAUUCUUAUUACAGAUUUUAAAUUUUCUACAAAUCGUAUGCAGGAGCACCUGCGUUGUACCUGUGUGUAUACCUAAGGCCUACAAGGACCUAUGUGUAUACUUCCAAGACCUCUUAUAUUGAAAUUUAUAAAGGGUCUAGCACCACCCAGUUUUCUGCCAUUUUAUAUGGCUCUAAACCCUCUUUGGUCAGUUAGGUAUAUUGUAUAAAUAUAAAACUACAAUACACAAAAUAUAGGAAAUAUACAUUUAAAAAAUAAAUAAUAGUG